CUUUUCAAUGGAGCUUAAACUUUUUUUUUUCCUAUCCUUUCAAGCUUCAAGGACUGACCAUCCCAUCAACGAAUUGUGCUGUUGCUCACCAUGGCAGAUACAGCAACCGCGGAAUGUCUCUCAGAUGAUCAGAUCGAGCAACUUCUUAGAGAAGCCGAGGAAAGAUUGAAAGCAAAACAUCAAGGACAAGAUGAGAAAACUGUUGCCGUACCCAACAAGUCGGACGUCGUAAAGGCCUCCAAACCAGACUCCCCAGCGCCGAGGGUAGCCUCUCUAGUCUCUUCCAAGGAGAAAUCAAAGUCUGAAGGAUUGUCGGUAAGAGUACCCGAGGUUCGGCGGCCAAAACAUAAAAUGGCUGUCAAGGCAGAUGCUGGUCCCUCGUGGUUUAACCUUCCCCGGACUGAUCUUACUCCCCAACUCAAAAAGGAUCUACAAUUACUACGCAUGCGUGAUGUUCUAGACUCUAAGCGAUUUUACCGCAAGGAUAGUUCUAGAGCUUUAGUGCCACAAUUCUCCUCAGUCGGGACUAUAGUUGAGGGACCGACCGACUUCUUCAACGCUAGGUUAACUAAGAAGGAGAGGAAGCGCACUCUUCUCGAGGAAGUCCUGGAGACUGAAGACGCCACUCGGAGAUUCAAGAACAAGUAUGGUCAGAUCCAAGAUGUAAAGACGAGCGGUAAGAAGGGCCAUUACAAGAAAAUGAUGGAAAAGCGAUAUGGUCGCAAGAGCCGAGGAUGAAUACUGGAGAUGAGGGAUCAGUAUCCCUAGUGCGCAUAGCAUAGUAUGCACGAAGUGCUACGUAUCCGAGAUACCCUUAAACAUGCUCUGGCGUGAUGAGAACGCAAUAAGCAUCCAUUAUCAGCAGACCGGGUUAUGUUGUUCUAGUCUGCUGAUACGGCCUAGAAGAGACAUACAAGAGGCAUACAAUAACCAGUAAGGAUAUAAAGACGUUCUCGCGAAAUUAGUCGCUUGUUACACGUAUUGGCCUAGUGGUAGAACCAUGUUGCUUCAAGCUAGGUUGACGUACUUACCUACCUAAGGUAUAUCAGGUGGUCUGAAGGUUAGGUUAUUUGAAAUAAAAAUAACCUCGAAAUUCCGUCGAGAAGAUAAGAGGCCUUAGCUAGUACUUUAAGUAAGUUAGACAAAUAAGAAUUGAUCAAACAUUAUGCAAUAUUUCGGGUAUCAUA